AUGUAUAUUGCGACAGGCGUUCCAACACCCGUCUCUUUUACACCUCAAGUAAUGACUUUAGCUCAACCUAAUCAAUAUGGAGAUAUCGCUGCUCAACAACUCAUACAACAGCAACAUACCGCUAUAAAUCAAGCACAUGCAGCAGCCUACUCUGCUUUGGGUAAUCCACCAUCCAACAUAAUGAUAAAUAAUCAAUCACAACAACAACAGCCCAAUUCCCAAACUCAAAAUGUUGGUUUAUCAUCGAAUACCGUUCAAGGAGAUCCAAAUAAUUAUCCGAUUCAACAGAUUUUACUAGAAAAUAUAUAUAAUAAUGUUUUAAUGAGAGAAAAGAAUUUAUUAUACCAAAAUCGAAUAGAUAAAGCUAGAAAACGCCUUUCAGAUCCUGUAACAACAAAUUAUCAUGUACCAUUGCAACCGUUGCUAAUGAAUGAUUAUGUUUUAAAUUCAAAUGUAUCUGGUACUAAUGUUGCUAGUGGAACAGGAGUAAAUCCUGCUGGUGGCAGUCAAAAUAUUUCCAUACCAACUACUAAUCUACAGCGUGUUCAAAGUGGUCAUACAUUAAAUCGUCGACGUUCGGUACGUUAUACUAAACCUUCACUACAUCAAGCACAACCUCUACCUCCUCCAUUACGUCCAAUUAAUGAAGGUCAAAAAUUAUUUGUAAUAAGACAUGCUGAACGUGUUGAUUCAACAUUUGGAAUCACUUGGGUUGAUAAUGUUUUCGAUAAAAAUGGACAAUAUAAACGGUUAAAUUUAAAUUUACCAAAAAAAAUGAUUCAACGUCGUGAUAAUAAAGAUUUUUUAUUUGAUCCUCCUCUAACUGAAUUAGGUUUAGUUGAAUGUAAAAUGGUUGGUGAAGAAUUAUUGGCUCAAGGUGUUAAAAUAUCUCAUGUAUAUUCAUCGCCAGCUUUACGAUGUGUUCAAACAGCUGAUAAAAUAAUUGAAGGACUAAAUAAGAAAGAUGAGAUACCAAUUCGAAUUGAACCAUGUCUAUUUGAAUUUUUAAAAUGGUAUCCCGUUGUACCAUUAAAAUGGCCAUUUCUUACCAUUGAUGAAUUAUCAAAAAAUGGUUAUCAUGUUGAUAAUUUCUAUAAACCAUUUUAUCCGAUUGAAUCAUUAAGAAAAGAUGAAGAUGAACAAAUGUAUUAUACAAGAAGUCAUUUUAUUAUUACAUCAAUAUUGAAAAAUCAUGAACUUGAUGGAGGAAAUGUAUUAAUUGUUGGACAUGCUCCCACUCUUGAAGUAUGUACUCGUCAAUUAACAGGUGGUCAACCUCGUGUCAAUGAUUUAAAAUUUCUUGUGUUACGUAUACCAUUUUUAUCAAUGCUAACAAUUUCAAAACAAUCAGAUGGUACAUGGCGUGCCAUUAAACCACCAAUUCCUCCAAUGAAACAUCAAGCAGUUGAAUCAUUUGAUUGGCGUUUUAUACGAUAA